AUGUCCAGUAAAUCAGAUAAAUCAGAUAAACCCAUACUAGAACAUCCUCAACCUAAACCUUCAAAUGGUACACCACCAUCGAUCAUGCAAUUACCUCCAGGAUCAGUAGCUAGUGGGCCUUCUAGUUCCAACUUGAAACAAUCACCUUCAGUAUCGUUUAGUAACAAUGAACAAGAGAAAUUAAGACGUUUCACCAUUUCCGCCCAACCUUCAAGUGCUAAUCUUAAUAAUCAAGAGUUUAGAAAGAAUUCUUUACAAGUACAUGGGUCUACUAAUACUAUUCCAACUACCCAUGGACUUUCCAGGUUAAGCUCGGGUAUCAAUACGGGAACUUCGUCUUCUUCAGUUCAAGUUAAUCCUCAAGUAGUUCAAGGUCAAACUAACUCCCAGAAUUCUUCUCGAAAUAAUAGUGUUAUUGGAGGGGAUUUCUUUUCAUUCUUAACCAAAUCAAAUCAUCCAAUACCUAAUUCAAUCAAUGUAAACCAAUUACCUGGAAGUAAUCAUUCUUCAAGAGUCACUACCCCAACUAUGGAUCAAGGGUAUGUUUUCAGAUAUCGAGAUUCCAAGAUAAGUCCAUCACCACCACCAGAAAAUGCCCCUAUGAAUAUCAGUUCGGGGUUAAGUUCUCCUUCUAAUCCAAUUAAUGUUAGUAGAAAAGGUAGUCUCAUGAAAAAAUCCAAUAAAACCAUUGUAGAAUCACCUGUUGGUCCUCCAGUACCAUUCCAACAAUAUUUAUCCAAAGAAGAUGAUAAUAAAAUUCAUAUUUUAAUUGGUUGUACUGGAUCAGUAGCUACGAUUAAAGUACCGUUAAUUAUUGAUAAAUUAUUUCAAAUUUAUGGUGCUAACAAAGUUUCUAUUCAAUUAAUUGCCACCAAAUCAGCAGGUCAUUUCUUAAAAGGUUUAAAAAUCAAUAAUAAUGUUAAAAUCUGGAGAGAUGAAGAUGAAUGGGCUAAUUUCAGUGAAAAAAUCGAUUAUUUCCAUAAUGUUUCUCAACCUACAAGUGCUACCAGUAGUAGUGGUAGUGCCAAACCAAAGAAAAAUCCAUUUGAUAAAUUAAUUUUACAUAAUGAAUUAAGAAAAUGGGCAGAUAUAAUGUUAAUUGCCCCAUUAUCGGCCAAUACUUUAGCUAAAAUAGCUAAUGGUAUAUCUGAUAAUUUAUUAACAUCAACUGUAAGAUCUUGGAAUUAUACUGUUCCUCAAACUGCCCCUACUGCCAUUGGUUCAGCUCCUCCUCCAAUUGUUAAAAAACCCAUCUUAGUGGCUCCCGCAAUGAAUACUUUCAUGUAUACUCAUCCUUUGACUGCUAAACAGUUAAAUUUAUUAGCUUCUACAGAAUAUGGAUUUGGAAUGGAAAUUUUGAAACCGGUUGAAAAAGUAUUGAUUUGUGGAGAUAUUGGAAUGGGAGGUAUGAGAGAAUGGAAUGAUAUUGUAGAUAUUUUAAGAAGAAGAGUGGCAGCUAUUAAGAAUUUGGAGGGUCCUAUUGAUGAAGAUGCCGAAGGCGAGGACGAUGAUGAAGAUGAUGAAGAUGACGAUGAUGAAGAUGAUGAUGAUGAAGAUGAUGAUGAUGAAGAUGAAGAUGAAGAUGAAGAAGAUGAAGAUGAAGAUGAAAACGAUGAAGAUGAAAACGAAGUACAAAAUGUAAAGGGAAAGGUAAAAGGAAAAGGUAACGACGAAAUGAUAUUCGACAUAAAAGCAUAA